AUGUACUCCGCUCGGGAAACUGAUUGUUCUUUUACUUAUUGAUCAUAUAGAUCCGCGCAUUAAUUACAGGACGACGUCUCUUCUGAGAACAUUCUGUUGUGGUAUAUUCGUCUGUCAUCAUGCACAAGACGGCGUUUGUGCUGCUUCUUGUUAUUUCAAACAUCGCACGCAUCCUUUCGGGAGGAAGUAACGAUGUUCACAAAGUUGAGACCACAGCAGGCUUCACCUGUGAUGGUGGAACACCCAAGAGAUGCCACUACCCAAGUUCGUGUAAUUGUUCGAAACAAGAACUGGAAGAAGGAGACACAAGCUCAACGGGAAGAUGGUACUUUGAUAGCGACAAGAAAACGUGUAAUGUCUCCACAAAAUCAUUGGAUGGCUGCAACAAGUUCGACACAAAAGGCAAUUGCAAGUGGUAUUGUCUCAGAGUCCUUGAAUAAAAGAAAGCCAAAUGUAAUGGUCAGUGAAAAUUCAC